AUGGCCGUUGGAAAGAACAAGCGCUUGUCCAAGGGCAAGAAGGGUAUCAAGAAGAGGACCGUUGACCCCUUCUCCCGGAAGGAUGAGUACUCCGUCAAGGCUCCUUCUACCUUCCAGAUCAGAGAUGUCGGAAAGACCUUGGUGAACCGCACCAGUGGUCUGAAGAAUGCGAACGACUCCCUGAAGGGCCGGAUCUUCGAAGUGUCUCUCGCCGACCUCCAGAACGACGAGGAUCAUGCCUUCCGGAAGGUCAAGCUUCGUGUGGACGAAAUCCAAGGAAAGAACUGCCUCACCAACUUCCAUGGUUUGGAUUUCACGACCGACAAGCUGCGAUCCCUUGUGCGCAAGUGGCAGUCUCUAAUUGAAGCCAAUGUGACCGUGAAGACGACCGACGACUAUCUUCUCCGUUUGUUCGCCAUCGCUUUCACGAAGAGACGCCCCAACCAAAUUAAGAAGACCACAUACGCUCGCUCGUCCCAGAUCCGCGCUAUUCGCAAGAAGAUGACCGAGAUCAUCCAGCGCGAGGCCGCCAGCUGCACUCUUUCUCAGCUCACUACCAAGCUGAUCCCCGAAGUUAUCGGUCGCGAAAUCGAGAAGGCCACACAGGGAAUUUACCCUCUCCAAAACGUCCAUAUCCGCAAAGUCAAGCUCCUGAAGUCCCCCAAGUUCGACCUUGGUGCCCUGCUUAACUUGCACGGCGAGUCCACGACUGAUGAUAAGGGACACAAGGUUGAGAGAGAGUUCAAGGAACAGGUUCUUGAGACUGUUUAGGCAGUCGACUUCGGCUAGUCAUGGAUUCUGGUUUCUCUGCCGUCUCCGGUUAACG